AUCCCUUAUUUUUAAACAGCUGAUGAUAAUUAACUAGCCAACAUUGUCUUUUCUAAUAAGAAGAAGAAACUGGGUUUGUGAGAAUAAAAUUUCCAACAGAAAGGAUGUUUUCUAUAGCGCUAAAAAGAGAUAUUCGUCCCACAAUAGGACUUGUGCAACGUUUUUAUUGUGCUGCCGGCAAAAAGGAAACUGGAGAAACUAAAACUAUACCAAAAAAUGUCUUAGAAGGAAAUCAAACAGCUCAUUUACAAGCUGAAAACGGUGCCAUAUUUGACAAAAAACCAUUCAAGAUUCAUUUGGACAAAGAUAAAGUAUACAGUUGGUGUCUAUGCGGCAAAUCGAAACGACAACCCAUUUGCGAUGGAAUGCAUAAAGAUGAAUUUUUGAAAAUUAAACUGAGACCCAUACGUUUCAAGGUGGAGAAGACCGGAGACUAUUGGCUGUGCAAUUGCAAACAAACCAAACAUCGUCCUUUCUGUGAUGGUACCCACAAACAAAAGCACAUUCAGGAAGCUGUUAAAUAAGCAUUUACAUAUUUGUAGUCAAGCUGUAUGUACAAUUAGUUAUUGUUAAAUAAAGUUGAAUAUUUUGAGAAUUUA